AUUCGCUCCACACUUUGUUUAUAUAUUUUUUUUCGAGUGCCUAUAGCAACCAGUGAUCCUCGUGUAAAAUGAGCUAACAACUGCCGCAAAAUGCACACUUUGGGCCUUUGCAUUUUGAGCCUUUUGGGCCUGGUCGCGAGUUAUGGCCAUCAGCCGCUGCUGAGAAAUAUCAUUAAGGUGCGAGCCAGCGGCUUCAUGCCCUUCGAAUCGGAUCUACUACUGCCACUGAAUAUCCUGCGGCAAUUGCAGUCCCACGAUCGAUCAUCGCGAUACAUUGGCCAGAGGCCAAAGCCCGUGGUAAGGUCAAAGGUCAAGCAACAACAACAAAUCAGAUUGGAAAGAGCCCAUCCUUUGCGGGAGGCCAAAGGUGUGCAGCUGUAUAACUUGAUCGAUGACGAUGGUGAACUGCUGCUGAAUCUCAAGGUGCACAACGAACAGAAGGGCAUGGAACCAUCGUCGAAUUAUCAAGAGGAGAAAUACCAAAGCAGAUACCACAGCUACGAUUCACCAUGGAUGCCCUCCAAGUGGCGACCCACCAGCGAGUUUCCCCUGGGCGUCACCUCCUCCUCGCCACGCCCACUGCCUCUGCAUCAGUAUCUGAACCAAAAUAGUAAUCACAUCGAUCAAAAUACGGCGAAAAGGAGGCGGCAGGAUAUGUGGCCACAUAAAUAAUAAACGAAAACAAAUAUUAAUUUAUAUUUAUCAUAACUCAUUUAAUUGUUUAUUUUUAAACAACACAGCACCCAGAGCACAUUCACACUUAUGGACCUGAUUUUUAAGCGAAAGCUCAAUGAUAUUCAUUUGAAUUUUUGACAAAAAAAAAGUUAUGAUCCUAUAAUAAUUUAUAACAUUUAAUAACAAAUUGUAUAAAAUUCAAGCGAUGGAAUAACAGUUCUAAAAAUAUCAAAAGUAAUAACCAUUGAAAAUUGAACAAAAGAAAGUUUAAAAUAAGGAUUAAGCCAGAUCGUUUAAAAUAAACCAUAAGAUACAAAAUGCACUACACAUACAUAAUAAUCCACCAGAUACAACAUGUACUACACAGAUACACAAUAAUCCACAAGAUACAAAAUGCACUACACAGAUACACAAUAAUCCACAAGACACAAACACACGCCACAACAAAAUCCACCAGACACAAAAUACAUUUCUAAACAUUAAAAUAAACGUUAAGAUAUACAAAAUAAAUCCAUUAGAUUCGACGGCUAUCUAUAAUGAACAUAAGCCCGCCGAUGAAAAGGUCGUUGAGCUACCGCUAAAUUGGAUGACUGUGAUUAUGAUAAUAUGGGUCGAUCGGUUCGAGUUGAAAGUGAAAUUGAAACGGGAAUCGAAAGUGACCGAGUCGCAUGAAUGGAACCAAAUUAAAAAAAAUGAAUAAAAUGCU